AAUUAUCAUAACAGACAUGCAACGAUCUGUAUACAGAUCCUAAAACAAAAGCAACUUAACAUGGCAGAAAUGAUCCUUCUCUGCCUGUCAGUAGUCACCCUGCUAAGCUUUCCAACUACAGAGGCCGACAACCUGUCCUAUAUCUGCCCCAACACCACCGUCUUCACCCCAAACUCCACCUUCCAAUCCAACCGAAACCAACUCCUCUCCACUCUCUCCUCCAAUUCCACACGUAACACCGGCUUUUACAACGCCACCGCCGGCCGUUCCCCAAGCGAAACCGUUUACGGACUCUUCCUCUGCCGCGGUGACGUCGCCACCGACGUUUGCAAAGCAUGCGUGGCCACCGCGACCUCGGAGGUGGUGCAGCUGUGCCCGGUCGAGAAAGAGGUCGUUAUAUGGUAUGACGAAUGCAUGCUCCGGUACUCCAACAAUUCCUUCUUCUCCGUCGCCACCGAAACCCCAGCGGUGUUCAUGUGGAACACCGCCAACGUCAGCAGUGAGCUGAGCCGGUUCAAGCAGGUCUUGGGGGAGAGCAUGACGGAGGUGGCCACAGAGGCCGCGAACGACGUCGAUAAGUUCGCGACGAGAGAGGCGAACUUCACGGAGUUGAUCAGCGUGUACAGCUUGGGGCAGUGUACGCAGGACUUGUCUAGUUUCGAAUGCAAUAGGUGUCUUCGGGGAGCUAUAGCGAUGUUGCAAAGCGAAAAGAUAGGGGGACGAGUUCUGAAUCCAAGUUGUAAUGUUAGGUUUGAACAAUUACCCUUUUAUCAGAAUAAGCCGUCAGCACCGGCGCCGGCACCAGAGGCUCGCCCUCUUUCUCCGCCGAGUUCAGCUAGGAAAGGGAAGAGCAAAAUUUCCGGAAAAGUGAUUGUGGUCAUUGCCGUUGCAAUUGCCGUCUCUUUGGUGCUUUUUGUAAUCGGCUACUGUCUCAUUACUAAGAGGGCAAGAAAGAAGUACAACGCAGUAGCAGAACUAAGUGGUGAGAAUGACAUUUCUAGUGCAGAGUCUUUGCAAUUUGAUUUUGGUACCAUUGAAGCCGCUACAAAUAGUUUUUCUGAUGAUAACAAGUUAGGAGAAGGUGGAUUUGGUGAAGUUUUCAAGGGUUUGCUUUCGAAUGGUGAAGAAAUAGCAGUCAAGAGGCUAUCAAGAAAUUCUGGCCAAGGAGUAGAAGAAUUUAAGAAUGAGAUGGUACUAGUAGCCAAGCUUCAACACCGAAAUCUGGUUAGGCUACUGGGAUUUUGUUUGGAAGGGGAUGAAAAAUUGCUUGUUUAUGAAUACGUCCCCAACAAAAGCCUCGACUAUAUUUUAUUUGAUCCUGAGAAACAAGGACAACUGGAUUGGCAGAGACGUUAUAAGAUUAUUGCAGGAAUUGCUCGAGGAAUUAUUUAUCUACAUGAAGACUCCCGGUUCAGAAUUAUACAUCGUGACCUCAAAGCUAGUAAUAUAUUGUUAGAUGGAGAAAUGCAUCCAAAAAUAUCAGAUUUUGGCAUGGCAAGGAUUUUCGACGUUGACCAAACACAAGCAAACACAAAUAGAGUUGUUGGAACAUUUGGUUACAUGUCUCCAGAAUAUGCUAUGCAUGGACAAUUUUCAGUCAAGUCUGAUAUCUAUAGUUUCGGUGUCUUAAUUCUAGAAAUUAUCAGCGGCAAGAACAAUGGUUACUACUUUCAAACGGAUGCAGCGGAAGACCUCGUCAGCCAUGCUUGGAAAUUAUGGAGAGAUGGAAUGCCUUUAGAAUUGUUGGAUCCGUGUCUGAGAGAUUCUUAUUCUAGAAAUGAAGUUAUCAGAUGUAUCCACAUUGGCUUACUUUGUGUUCAGGAAGACCCGGCUGACAGGCCUACGAUGCAAUCACUUAUUCUCAUGCUCAACAGCUACUCUGCUACUCUACCAUUACCUCAAGAGCCAGCAUAUUUCCAUAGGACUAGAUCUGACUUCAUGCCAAAUAUGUCUUUGGAGUUUGAUCAGUCUAUCAGCAAGCCAAGUCCGUCGGUUUAUGAUGGAUCUAUCACGGAAGUAUAUCCUCGAUAGAAUAGGUAAUAUAGGAACCCUUCUGUUGUAGUAUUUGAUUAUAUUUUCUCCAAGGAUUGAAAAUGGAGUAGUGUAAUAACCCAAAUUUUCAAUACCAUUUCUUUUAAUUUAUCAGAAAUUAAGGGAAUGGUAAUUUAAUUAAAUUCACA